AAUUUGCUUCUUGACACUUCCUGUAAACAAAUAUGUCUAUUUACCAAGAAGAUUUGCUAUGUCAUACAGAAUCAAUAAUAUUGCAGACCAUAUAGCUCUGUAACCAUGUGACUUUCUUGUAAAAAGUAUCACAAAGAAAGUGCGAAAAUGGUCACACUAAAUGAUUAGAGCAAUUAUUCACUUUCCAGUGACUAUUUACUUGCGUCAUUUCAUUAAACUGCAAAUUAAAUAGGAAGCUGCCAAUUAGAGCUUUAAUAUCCGUUCUCUCGCCAUUUACGAAUACAGCUGAAAUAAUAACUGGCAUAUAUGGCGACUCGUUGACUGUAUAAAGCUAUAAACGUCAUUGUAUAUAGGCGGCCAGUCCUACUGUCGCGUAAAAUUCAUCGGCACUCCGUAUAGAACGGGAAGUCAUAAAUAAGAUCUCUUUAGAUAUAGAACGUAGCUUCGUUGACUGUUAUAACAUUAUGUGGGGUAUUGCUAGUACGAAAUAAUCUAAUUUUCUCAUAAUGUUUGGUUAUAGCAAUUCAAUAUCGUUUGGCACGUAUAACCGAAGUCGUAACCAAUAUUGUCACGUCUGCUAGUGUCACAGUCAAGGCCUUUGGUUAACGAUGUUUCCAGAUGUUCGAAAACUUUCCUAAAGAUUAUUCUCUUUGUCGUAAACCAAAACUGGGCCAUCUAUUUCUAUUUACGUUUCAUUAAUAUAGCAACUCUACCGUAAAGUAUAGGAUGGUUAGGUCGCAAGCUCCGCUUACUAAUUAGAUCAGUUUAUUAUUACUACGCCAAGUGGUAACGCCUUAGGUAACAGGAAAUAUGAGUGUGAAGGGCAGCGCGGGAAAAGUAUGUCGCCUUCAACUUAAAAAUAUAAUACAAUGUAAAACGCGGUGUUACCUCACGUCAACAUCCGUGAAACGUAAAUAACGAGUACCAAAAUAUGUAUGUAUGGCCAAAUCGUACGGCACCCACGAUUUUUGAAGAUGCACAUAACCAUCUUCAAUCUACGAUGCUAUGUACAAAUUUAGGAACAGUCUUUAAUGGAAUACCCACUUUGUUUGGCAAAGGCCUUUGUACAUAAGAUAAGUAGAAUGUGGGAGCAUUGUACUCAGUUUCUGCGACCAUGACACGGAGGAGUAGAAUUUGUUUCUUGUGGCAACCAACAUAAGCAUCAUUUAUUAAAGGAAAUAGUCUCAAGACUAGGUAGGUAGAUCUUUAUUGGAUUUCAUGAAUUAAUGAUGUAUUCAAGGUUUAUUCUGUUCCUAAAUACUGCUAAGAAGUUUUGUCUCAGAAUUUUAGUAAACUGUCUUCCUUGUCAGCUUCCAAGGUCAUAUCAAAUUUGUCUCGUGAUAAUACUGCUUAUGAAUGUGCGAAAGAAACGAAAGAGCAGUAAGAAGCAGUUCUAAACUGUUUAGAACUAACACACUACGGUAAAACUACAAUAAAAUUGACGUGAAAAUAGUAACGACAUUAGAGUUGUAAAAACAGAGUGUAAAUACAUAAAAACAGUUGAAUAUCACCUUGAGUUGCGAUCGACGGCGCCUCCAGCGAUCGCCCGCCUACUGCAAAUAGAUUUUACAAUCAACCUAUUGACACACAUAAGUGUCCUCUUCAAUUAAUACAAAGUGUUUAUCUAUAAAAAUAUUCCAUCUUACUUAUAUCGAUAUCUAGUGAAUUCCGUAUAUGUAAUGAAAAUUAUAUCUUAAGUAUACCAGCAUUUUCAAAAUGGAGCAAAAUCGUACUGGUACACACACGCAGCAUGUUUCGCCAGAGUAGAAAUAGAUAUUGUUAUGAUUUGAUAAACAAUGAGAAUAUUUUAAGAACAUUGGCGGAAAGCGUUCAUUGUACGGCCCUUCGACUAACCGCUAACGAAACACCAAGGACAGUUUGAAUAAAAUAUAUUUGGUAGAUAUUUCACUUGUUGGCGGAUACAUAUCAAAACGGGUAGAUGGUAGGUAAUAUAAAGAGAAUUUUAUUCAUAAAAACAUAAGAUAUUGUGCAACUAGUCUACCUACUUGAGUACACAUGGGUGAACACGCGGUUAGUCAUUGUCUGCCCACAUAAAAGUGAAGGGAUUCAGCAGAGUUUGUUUUGCAAGUGCAGGCGUAGGUGACAUUAUAUUUUUUUGACUAAAGAAAGUGUCAUUGAUAUGUUAAUUAUUAUCUAAAUAAAGAUUUUCACCAAUUCUCAUGUUUGCUGUCAGUCAUGUCAGCGAUAUCAGUUUGUUUGUCAAAGAUAAUAUUAUCAUUACGUAUGUAUUAUUUAAGAUCCGAGGAUACACAGAAUCUGAAAUGUAUGACGGUUGAAAUUAACAUUUGAAUAGUCUCCAAGUUUCUGACUAUUGGCAUGAAAUUUGCGUGAACCUAUUAACAUAAUUUUAUGCCAUUUUUGUUCAAUCUCAUUGAAUUGAAUUUAUAGUACUGAACGUAGCUUCAAAAUUAACCUCAAUAAUAAUUACGGCAUAAUGUUGUAAUAAUUCAUUAAGUUAGUAAUUUGAUUGUAAUGAUACGCUUUUAAGUCAUUGGCAUAUUUAUGCAAAGAAUUUCAUGUAUUUAAUUAGGUGAGACCCCUUCUAAAUGUAAAAACACACAGUGUAAAAAUGAGUUAUUUCAAUUGGCAACUCUGUUUUCAAAUUCCUACCAUAAUCCAAGAGAUUGCUUUAGGCACCAACUCCAACAAUUUAAAUUAUUUGGGGCCUGAAUACUUUAUCCUGAACCAACAUAGUCUAUGUCAUUUGUUUAAAUGCUAUAUUAUAUUCAUGGCAAAAUAAUGAAUGGGCUGGUUGGGCGACAGAAUCUUGUGUAUGCCGGUUAGAAUCGCGACCUUCGGCAAUUUCUGUAGUGUUGAAACUUUCAGCUAGUUAGUCGGUGGCGUCGAUCGCUAUGAAUCAGUCUACUUGUGGUUCACGUGCUCGCUCGCCUGAAAUAGUGCAGUAUAGUAAUUAGUGCAGUGUAGUUGUUACGUCUCGGAACUUGGCACCUGAACGUGUAUUAAUUUUAGUUCGUCCAACUCUACUCGUGAGCCGCCAAUGAUGUUGGAAGGCGGAAAAUAAAAAGUUGACUUCUUGCUGAUAGUAACUUUUUACAUCAAGUUUUUGUAAACAAAUUCUCGUCGUAACUGAGAGUUGAGUUCCGGUUGUUGUUCUAAGUGUUCUCAUGUAUUGUGCAGUGGGUUCUACAGAGACUUCCUAAGAGAUUAGGACCCGCAUUCAAUAACUAAAAACCAAAACCAAGAAUUGUGAUUGUAAGUAUACAAAUUGUACAUAAAUAUAUGCCUAUCUAGACAGUACUUCAUACUUGUUUAUUUGAUAUCGAGAACCUAUCUAGUUGUUUAAAUGUAUCUGUGCCGUACUUAGAUAUCACAAUAAUUACAGACAAUUGAAAGAACAAUUUAAAUGCAAAAUUUAUUGACCUGAUUGCUUUGUUAUUCUAGCUUAGUUACAUUCUAACAGUGGACCAUUAUUACAAGAAUAUUCACACAAUAUUACUAAAUGAGAUCGUGCCACUUAGAUUUAGUCCUAGAACAUAAUUUGUAUUUCACUUCACUUAACAUAAAUUAAAAAAUAAACUACAUAUUUUAAUAACACACAUACAUACAAUGUGGUGAGUUGUCAGUAUAAUUGUGUUUAAACAGCAUUUCUUAGCACAUAAUGCAGCAGCGGCUGUUCUGUUUUGUUUUAUUGUCCGCAAACAAUUGCUCGUUCAUACUUUAACAAAUGUCAACUAAGUAUGCUUGCUUACAUUCGAAUUUCUAUUAGCUUUUCAAAGAAAAUCAACUGGUACAUAAUGCGGAGUUAACAGAAUGUAUUUAUAAAAAGUGUUGAUAAACUGCUCACAGAGAAACUAAGAUGAGACAUUGAAUUCACACGAAACAAAAAGUAGGCUAAUAACUCGCACAACGUAGCAAUUUUCUAUUCAAACAAGUAAGCAGUUGGGAAUGUUUCGUAUCAUUAGAGUAUCAAUGCGCUAGAUGACGUAUACAAUUAGUAUGAUAAAAUGCUAUUAAAUCUAGUUAAUGAUACAGUCACUGCCGGUAUUUAUCUCUUACUAUUUCGGCGACUAUGUCUCUGGGUAUCAUUGUGGCGCUUGCUGUUUUCGUCAGUGCCGCCUUGGCACUCCUCCCUGGCCGCCUGCUAAAGUACACAUACACAUUGUACACUAGCUGUCUCGUAUCUGCUGGAAGUUCCACUCGGCUGUCUUCUCCACAGUCUCCCAUUUUACCGCUGUAUAGUCGUCUCCAACUAAACAUUGUCCAUGCAGUCAUUGCCUCGUCCCCGUAUUGCGCCGUUUUGACAAUCGAUUUCUUUUUAUUUUCACAAGACACUGGGAGGAACUUUCAAUCGACGUGCACUUUAUUUGCACAAUUAGGAAAUAUUCCAGCAGCUGUGUUUACACGACCUUUUUAAGGUGUUAAGUUUAUACAACUGUUCGGACACAACAAUGUUUAUAUGGUACAGUUCUUUAGUAGAUCGUGUUUAUUUUUCAAGCGGGUUAUCACAAAAAAUAUCCGUUCGAUCGGAAAGACGUUCACACACUGGGCUUUGCAGACCUCAGAAGACCACAUUUGCAAGCAAGUCACAUGCCCAUGACAUCCGCUGCUACAAACGUGAUCACAAUGGUUUAAAAGAUACAGCGCAAGUAGACCAAGAUGAGUGGACUUUGUAUGCGAACUAGCAUUUAUGACGAAAACCUUGGCCAGACAUGGAUUUAUGUCCGUUAUAAUAAAAAAUAUAUUGCUCCUAACCCAUAAGUACAUCACCAUUUUGAUAUUAACCGUUGCAGUCUACUUUAGUAAGCAUAGAAGUGCUACUAUUUCUUAAAUAGGUUUCGCAAACUGUGUACUCUUUAUAUGGCAGUGCAAAACAAUUUGAUUAUAUUUCAUGAUGCCGGAUCGUGUUUGUGUAAAAAUCUAUCUUCAAUUCAAAGACAAAAUCUUCUUCGAAGUGGCUUUUCGAAUCAAACCCGAUCCGAUACUGCUCACCUUGAAGUUAUAAACGCCUACAUUUUUUUUCUUUUUGGGCGUAAAAACAUGAAACCUGUAUUCAUAUAACUCGUAAACAAAAAUUGGUUUUUCUAGAAUUGAACCGCAAAAAGUAUUCGUAUAAGCUUCCAUAGAUAUAUUAUGCAUAUAGAAAUCAUGUUUUACCCCAGAGACAACAAUAUAAAUAAUUUGGACCAAAACUCCGAUAUUCAAAAAUCAAAACCAAAAUUAUAUACAACUUGGAGCAAAUCUACCCAUUAAUCAGAAAAAAAACACUUCUGUCUUCAAUUUCUAUCGCGUUGCUGUUUCUUCAUAAAUUAGUUCGCAUCAUGACUUGGCAAAUGGAGACCCUGCAUCAGAUUCUUUUAAUAAGUAUUGUAUACUAUGACCUUACUCAUAAAGCACAAUCAUACAAAUACCGCUGAAGCAUACACGUAUAUUGAAACCAAUUCUGCGAAUUGACAAGCUUAAAAUAACUGGCGUAACAGAUUCAAUUGACAUGUGUUGCAAAUUUUCUUUUUUGGAUAACAUAAUAAUUUUAUUAUGCUGCUCACUGCUCGAGAGUCGAGGAUAAUGGUAUAUCAUGAAAAAUAUUAUAAAUGAAAAAUUAAUUUCAUGAGAGUAACCGCAAAGAAAAAAAUAUUAAUUCAUGUUCUUCCUUACGAGUAGAUGAAUAUGAGAAAAUAAUUAUCUGCACUCUGUACAUCAACAAUACGAGAAGUAGACGAAUGCCUAUGGAUUGUGGAGGUUCCACAGCCCAUUAUUCAGCUGUAUGCAGUAAGACGCAAACUGAACCAAAAUAACUUCGAAAAAGGCAAGGCAAUUAAAAAUCGCUAUCGCAUUUACACGUGGGGUGUUAAUAAAACCUUCAAAAUGCUUAUCGAUUCAGUCAUUUAAUGGUUUUCAUUGCCAAACAAACUCCCAAAAAUAUCUUCUUGCUUCCAAACGAAAAUUUAGUUUGAAAUCGUACUAUUCAACAAGGCCCUAAUUUUGUUAGAACUUAGUUUAAUUUAUCUUCUUGAAAUUGGACAUUAUACGAGUACCUAAGUGUCACGUAACGGUACCUACUGUUAUUGAAUGGGAUGCUGGCGGAAAUUAUUGCCGAAUAGACAAUGAUCGUGGUGGCAAUUUUACGGUUGCUGGUGCCGGAACAGUGUCAGUGUCCUCUGUAACACUUUAACGGUUUCCAGGUUUCCGAUAGCAUAGAUACUACAUAUAGACGGAUACAUUCAAUUCGACAAUAGCUCAAAAUUUAUAUAAACUUUAUUUACAGUUAAUGCUUUUGUAACUUGUAACGUAGGGCGAUGUAAUUGAUUAAUCCUCUUCGCGCGAUGUGACGCUAAUAAGUUUGUCAUAUAUUAUGUAAUGUGGUAAUUGCAUCAGAGUGAGCAAACAACAAACAGGGUUAGUAGGGUUUCCUCUAUAAUGUGACUGAGAUCAAUGACACGUAAUGUGCAUUUCCUCAUAUGAUAGGUACCUACAUGAUGUGCGGUUGUCAUAUACUAAGAUUCAACAAAAAACGUUUUCGGGCAAGGAUUUUAUGGUUAAAUUCAUGUGAUGCUAUUUCCAAAUCUCCCGUCGAAACGAAUGCAAAUUAUGUAAGAAAUUAAUUAACGAUCCAUGAAACAAAGCGAUACGAUCGAUUUAAACGUAAACGAUUAAAAAAUCUUUAACACUGAUGUGUGUGGAGGUACUUUGUUUUUGGUCACGUAAUGGUGUUUCUUUGUUUUGAAGUGAAAUUAAAACAGUUUCUCGUUAAAAUUGAGUUGUACGAAUAUGGGGAAAUAUAAAUCUUAGGUAUGAUUUCGACAUCGAAAGAAAUAGCUAAGAAAACUCGUUGGCUUUUAAUUAUUCCCGAUGUAUAAUUGGAACCGUUCCGUGAUGGGUAGAACUCGGGUAUCGUAAAAAUAGAUAUCGAUUUUGACAAGGUAAUAGCAGUUGUUGAUUCCCGCGCUAGUUGCAACUAUUUGACAGAAUUUGCUCCGAUGUAAAAUUAUAUACCUACGCCGUGUUUUAAAAAUUCUGAAUUGUGAUCGAAAAAAUAUAUAUCAUGGUAAUUUCUUGCACACUUUUCCUGUCUCUUACGUCUCCAGAUUGAUCAGUCUAAUACUAUAGAAGUUCUAUUACUACGCGAUACGCCUUGAAGUAAAACAAAAUGAAUGAGCAACACUUUUCAAGCAUCUUACCUUUUAGACUCAUAAGGUUUACUUACGACAAACCUUUUCCUCACUAGUGGCAGCGGUCCAUAAGUCCACAACCGUCAAACAGGCACAACUAGUUUCACCGUUGACAACGAAUGGAAUUUAAAAAUCUCUUCCAUGUUUCGAUUCGGUACUUAAUAACAAAAUGUGUUAUCUAUAAGCUAUUUAUAAAACACGUUUAUAUGCGGUGGCGUUCCUAAUGAAUUGCAUAUAAAUGUUAUUAACAAACAAUGGUUGCAAAACGAAACAUUUCCUUGUAAUAUUUGUUAUGUUGUGUGGUGGAAUCUCAACAUCUUCGUCUAAUCUAGUGUAACUGAUUAUCUGUAAGGAUUGGGUGUAUCUCAGUCUCGGAUCUGUCCAGUCACUGGUAUGCAAUGACUCACAGCAUGACUCAGAUAGGAUAACACUUUUUAAACGUUCUGGCCAGUUUCAUUGACGCCAGUUUAUAUGUUCUGUAUUUUCAUAGUAAUAUAUUCUGCAAGAGAAAAAAAAACAAGUUAGCAAAAAGUUAAAAGGGCAAAAGGUUCGGAAUGGUUUCAACAGAUACGUUUGAAAUAAAAUUGCCCAAGGUCUAUCCCAUGUCAUCGAGUUCGAAGAUCAAAGUAAUUUUUCUCAGUUGACAUUGACAGAAAACAACAACGUAUAUUUCUGUUCAACCAACUGGAAAAUAAGGAAUAUGUGGAAAUCUAAAUAGAAAUUUACAUAGAUAAGCAUCGUUAAUAACAUCACUAGUUGUAUUUCGUAACAAAACGUGUGCUCUCCAUAACAAACUGUAAACAAAUCUGCCCCAAAUAAAAUCUCAUUCAUAAUAAAAACUAAGCAACGCAUUGUUGCAGAUGCUUGGAUACGCUAUAAAUAAAUGGUGCAGACUGUAGACUCGUGUACUUCUCAAAUGUUUCGGCGUCCAAAAGCCAUAUGUUCCGAGUUCCAACGCUCACAAUGAGCUCUCUAGCUCACACCUGCGUCCGUCCCAGCCGCACGUGCUCGUUCCAGCUGUUGUUGUGGCUCGUUCUCCAAAAGAAAGAUGUACACUCCCACAUUGUUUUAAUUUAUACACAUAAUAUUCAUGCACUGGCAAAAUUUUUGCGCACUUACCUCUGUAUACUAAGAUAAUUUUAUACGAUUCGACGAAGCUCCGUUCUUGAUGUUCGAGAUGCUUUUUAUUGAUGAAACGAAUUAUGGAAUUAUCGAGUACGAAUUAAAGACCGGCUAUUCGUACGAUGAUCUCACCGGUCGUCAAUCUUGACAAUGCAAAGGACCGGUCGUCUGCGGGGUGAGGUAUGGGACGGGACGGGGACUCCGCUGCAGGGUUUUGUGCGAUUCACGGCGCACGCGGUACGACCCACAGUCACUAGUCAGUGCGACAGUUGGUCGCUCAAUGCGCGGCGCGCGCGCCUCUUUCCCAAAUUCCUGAUACAUUCCUUAAUUAUUUGCUAGUCAAAAUGAAGUUUCGUGUGUGCCUUGAUGAGAUGAGGUGUUUGUGCAAAUUGAGAAAAAGUGGAUUAGUUCAGUAAUCGUUACUCGCUACGGUCCAAAGAACAAUGCUGUGGGAAAAAAUAACGUUCAGCUGGCAUCGGCAGUCGUUCCCAGCUACCUACCUUACCUCUCUCCCCGCGCCGACCGGGUACCGGGUUCAAUGCGCCUCUCUGCGUUUAUUCAUCGUUUGUGGGAAAAGUUGACCCCCGUUUUUAAAAAUUAUUGUUAACGAAUUCACACGGUUCGUGUUGUAGUCACUACCGCAUCUUAGAUGAUCGAAUUGAAAGUUUACGACAUGCGAAGUUGUAAAUUGCAACAGGUGUUUAAUACAUAUUUAAAUAAAACUAAUUUUGUGUGAAGUGAUUAAUGAGGCACCAGCGUAAAUACCUAAGUUUUUAUGCGCCAACCGUCAAGGUUGCAGCAUUCCGCAGACCUAAACUAUUUAUUCUGGGCUUUGCCAUGUUUGUCGAGUUUCAACUUCGUCGAAAUUAUUAUCUUACUGUGGUGCGGAUAGAACAUUUAUCAGAGGAGGACAAUACUCUUACAUUAGGCAACGUGUGUCAUGUCAGUGAAUGAAAUGUUGAAAUAGCCGUUAAAUAAGUACCUAUCAGAUUGCGGAUACGCUCAACGUAAUGUGUAUAGUGAUGACAUAAAGUGAUGCCUAUUUAGUAAAUCUAGUAAAUUAAUGUUCCGCGAGUGAAGUUGGUUUUGAAGAGACUGCACUAGAAGGGACCUGGAGCACAAUGGGGAACCAAGGAUCUUCAGCACACGAACCGUUCGAUAGGGCGCAGGCGGCAGUAAACGGCGACCUCAAAAUGAAGUCGUCGGUGCGUGCGUCGUUGCGGCGAGCGCGCGCGGGCGCGGCGCUGUCCCCGCCGCGCGCCGGCAUGGAGCGGCUGCGGCGCUCGUUCCGGGAGUCGUUCCGGCGGCGCAAGGGCUCGCCGCCGGAGUCGGCGCGGCCGCACCAGUGGCACGCCGACGAGGCCGCCGUGCGGGCCGGCACCUGCACCUUCCCCGUCAAGUACCUCGGCUGCGUCGAGGUGUUCGAGUCGCGCGGGAUGCAAGUCUGCGAGGAAGCGCUUAAGGUGCUUAGGAACUCUCGCCGGCGUCCAGUGCGCGCCGUACUGCAUGUUAGCGGCGACGGCUUGCGCGUCGUAGAGGAGGAGACAAAGGGCCUCAUUGUUGACCAGACUAUUGAAAAAGUCUCGUUUUGUGCGCCCGAUAGGAACCAUGAACGGGGAUUCAGUUACAUCUGUCGCGACGGCACGACUCGCCGUUGGAUGUGUCACGGGUUCCUAGCGUCGCGCGACAGCGGUGAGCGGCUGUCCCACGCCGUGGGCUGUGCCUUCGCAGCCUGUCUGGAGCGCAAACAACGCCGGGACAAGGAGUGCGCUGUGUCUAUGAGCAUCGAUGCCGCGAGCCAUGCCUUCACACGCCAGGGGUCCUUCAGGAAAUCAGGGAUUACCCCCCGUCGCGUAUCAGAAGCUGACGCGAACGGUGGCGUUAUAGUCCCUGCGGGCUCAUUCACAUCCGCGUUGGCCAGCCCCGCUGUGAACAACAACACGAGCCACACCGGGCAGACCGGGCCCGGGCACGUAGCGGGCGUGGGCGGCCCAACAGUGGGCGCUGGGCAAGGCGCGCCGACGGCCGUAGCGCGUCCCACGCCACACAACCCCUUCGCUGUGGAGCGCCCGCACGCCGCCCCGCAUCUACUCGAGAGGCAGGGCUCUUUCCGCGGAUUUGCGCAUCUUAAUAACAGUUCACCGUUCAAGCGCCAGAUGUCGCUGCGUAUAAGCGAGCUGCCAUCGAACUUGGAGCGCCAGCGCGCCGGCCUGGGCUCGCCGCCCGCCGCCGCGCCGCGGGCUGAAGUACAACCGCAACAGCAGCCUGCCGCGGUCGCGGAGGCGGACCCGGUGGCGGCGAUGUGCCAGCAGCUGUCGGCGGGGCUGCGCGCGCUGGCGGAGGAGCCGCUGGGCGCGGGCGUGGCGGCGGGCGCGCUGCCGCACCCGGACGCGUGGCUGGGCCGCGUGGCGCGCGCGCCGCCGCUGCGGGAGCUGCCGCGCGCGCAGAGCCUGGCCACCAACCCCUUCCUGCCGCCGCCCGGCGCCGCGCCCGCGCUCUAGGCCGCCGCCCGUCCGCUGCCCGACCUCACGCACUUCUAACUCCCGCCGUCGGGGCCGACCUCACCGCGUCGUGUCAUGUUAUCCAUCGUUAUGUAGAACGAGUUUGCCAAACGGCCCAGUAUUUAAAUGUUCUUUCUAGCUGCGAUGUCUAUACCGUACGUACUUAAUAUGAAAUAUUAGUCGAUGUUGUCGUACUAGAAGUAAUGCUACUUUAUAAAUAAUACCUAUUUUUGAGGAUGUCAACUUAAAAUCAAAACUACAAAUAUUUUAUUCGAAUUAUAAAUGUUUAAAAUUUGAUUCGCGAAUGAAACGGACUCUGUAGUGCUGGUAAUACCAUGCAUAAUGUUCCUUAUUUAGUAAAUUUAAUAUACGAAUGAGAAGAUUUAAAUAUUUUAGCACUAAUCAAAAGUGUCUAGAAUCGACUACAAAAGAGAGAAGAUAGAAAUGAGACUCGGACUGGAACGAACAAAAAUUUAUGGAAACAUGCAUGUGAUAUAGGUAUCUAUUUCGAAAACAUCAUAUGCAAUGGCAAAGCUUGCAUAUCAUGCGCUACAUCGUUGCCCUUGUAGUACAGCUGGCGUUAUCUUACAUGUGGGCAAGUGUUGCCGCGAUAAGUUCAUGUUUAUUACUACGCUGAGCGUGUCCCAUAAGGGCUAAAAUAAAACACCCAAGUCUCAUUUAAAAAAGUAAAAGAACGAAUGCAUUAUACUCAAUCCUAAUUUAUACGUAAUUUACUAACAUUGAUGAGCUGAACGGCUUGUCUUGCCAAACUGACUAGCACUCACCCAGUGCACAUAAUUAAAAGCGUCGGAGAAAUAAACUUAAUUUGAUACUUAUUAUAUAAUAGAAUGCAAACAAAGAAUGACUGUUAUUUUUGUAUCAAUAUAACCGGUGCCAGAUAUUGUGACGGAUUUUUUGAAAUAAAUGAAAGCUGUUUGUUCUAUGAUAACUAAUUUAAUUACUGUACUUAAUUCUAUAGUAAAUUGCACAGUGCUUUUGCGCCACACACUUAUAUAGUUGUGUUUGAUAAAGUGUUCGUGUCUAUAAUACGUAAGGUAAACUAAUUUCAUAAUAUUCGUCCAUGCAGUAUUAGUCGGUCGGCCGAUUGUUACUAAACACUGUACAACAAGAAACAAACGAACAAUGCAGUAUUUUAAUAUUAAAUCACUUUAUGUAAUAUAGGAUUUUGGAUAUAUUUUCCCCUUUUUUGUAUAUACUUGUAAAGUUGUAGGCUAUUUAUCUCUUUACCAUUCGUGGAUCUGUUUUUUAUACUUUUUUAUUAAUAUUUUUUUCUAUGCUGCUAUAAUUAGUAGGUGUUUGGAUCGAACAAAUGGUAAAUAUCAUUUUCAUGUUAGUCAUUUUUAAAUUCGCGUACUUACUUUUACAAUUUUAAUUAAUAAUAAUUUAGUAACAUUAGUUUACGUUAUGAUGUUAUAUUUUUCUGUUAUGUUGAGCCAACUAUCCUUAAGUAUAGAUUACGUGGUAGAAACUAUUGUAUUACUGUACAUACUGUCAUCCUACUCAGCUUUGUGUUGGUUUCCCCUGAAAUCCUUAUUUGAUUACAUACUGUGUUUGAAUUAACAAUCACAAACACUUUAGAAAAUGUUUAACACAACUGCAAUACUUUGUUGCAUUUCUACAUUCCAGGUUACUUUUGAAAAUAACACACAAUGUAAUUGAUAGAAUUUAGAUAUAAAAUGCAUAUCACUGGCUAGCCUUGCAUAAAAAAAGCACUUAUGUACUUACUACGAAUUGUAACAUUUUAUAAAAUAGUACUUAAAAGUAAAAAAAAAUAUUGAGAAUUUGUCUAGAUAUUGUAACUUAUAAUGGAAAAUUUUAUUGUUGUAUGUAAAGCAGCUUUAAGGGCUUUCGGUAGUAAUAAGCAAGUUAUACAAAAGUGUCUAUGAUCAAAUUCAGACUUAAUAGAAAACUUGUAUGUUUCGGAAUGUUUUCAGAACUCGAACUAGCGAUGUGAACGUAGGUACUUAAUGGCUAAAAUAUUUACAUUGAAUACAUUGUAACAAUACUUGUGAUACUGUAAUUAUUUAGGAUUUCGCGUCUUGUGCACGUCUACCUUAAAGAGCACCAUAAAGCGAAUUUGUUAUAUUAAAUCGCUAUUAAACAAAGUACAUUAGAUUCAUAGGAUUAUAAAUCAGUAGGUCAUUCCGAAAUAUAUUUUCGUGUGCUUAUUAAUGAAAUAUACUAUUGGAAAAAGUUGUACUUAAAUAUAUGAAAAUCACGUUGUUUCGGACUUAUUUGUUGGGUGUUAUUUGUAUAUUAUACAGUGAUUUAUCUUUGUCUAAAGCAUGUAAAUAUUGGCGUAUAUAUGUAGAUAUUUUAGAUAAUGAGAGUUCAAAUAUUAUAAAAAAUAAUAAAUUAUGUUUAGUUGA